AUGGAUUAUUUCAGCGAGGAGUUGCGCCAAAAGUUGGACGAGUGGUUGGCAUGGGAUCAAAAUAAGAAAAAUCGCGCUGAGGUACAGGACCUUGUCGACAGGCAAGAUGCGGAGGCAGCGCAGAAAAUUAUGCUGCCGCGCAUUUCCUUCGGGACCGCCGGUCUGCGGGGGCGUAUGGCUGCUGGGUACGCGUGUAUGAACGAUUUGGUAAUUAUUCAGACCGCACAGGGGAUUCUACGCCACCUGGAAAACGAACAUAAUGAAAUUCUGAAAAGUAACGGCAUUGUGCUAGGCUACGACGGACGUUAUAACAGCAAAAGAUUUGCUGAGUUAACGGCGGCAAUCUUUUUAAACGCCAACUAUCCAGUUAAACUUUUUAGCAAUUUAGUCCCCACGCCGUUUGUACCCUUCGCUGUGAACAAAUGGAAAUGCGCUGGUGGUGUAAUGGUAACCGCUUCGCACAAUCCCAAAGAGGAUAAUGGAUACAAAGUGUAUGGAUGUAAUGGCAGCCAGAUUGUAUCACCAAGUGAUAAAAACAUACAAAAAUGCAUCCUUGACAAUUUGGAACCAUGGCCUACAUCAUGGAACACUGAUAUUUUAGAGGGCAACACUUUACUUAGCGAUCCCCUCGCCGAAACCAUGGAGGAUUACAUGUCAAUUGUAAAAGGCUCUAUACUUAACGAACAUUUUACGCAGAACGACAAUACAAAUUUGAAGUUUACUUACACUGCCAUGCAUGGCGUCGGCUAUACGUACAUAACUGAAGUCAUGAAACAAAUAGGUUUAGAAAUAGUUCCUGUGAAGGAACAAAUUGAACCAGAUCCAGAAUUUCCUACUGUUAAAUUUCCUAAUCCUGAGGAGGGCAAAAGUAGUUUGGAUUUAUCAUUUAAAACUGCUGAUCAAAAUGGUUGUAAAGUAAUAUUAGCUAAUGAUCCGGAUGCGGAUCGAUUGGCUGUCGCUGAAGUUAACUCCAGUGGCAAAUGGACUGUUUUCACUGGCAACGAAAUUGGCGCACUGCUUGGCUGGUGGCUUUUGCAAUGCUAUAAAAUGAAGAAUCCUAACAGUGAUUUAAAAAAUGUUUAUAUGUUGGCUAGUACUGUGAGUUCUAAAAUUUUAAGGUCAAUGGCACGUGUUGAAGGUUUCAAUUUUAUCGAAACUUUAACAGGUUUUAAGUGGAUGGGUAAUAAAGCCUAUGAAUUAUUAGGCGAAGGUAAGGAGGUAGUAUUUGCAUUUGAGGAAGCUAUUGGUUUUAUGUGUGGUAGUUCUGUAUUGGAUAAAGAUGGUGUCUCUGCCGCUGCGCAUUUAUCUACACUUGCGGUGCACUUGUAUGCACAAGAGCUUACUUUACAAGAUUGCUUAGAUACUAUUUAUAAAAAAUACGGCAAUCAUGUUUCUAAUAACUCCUAUUACAUAUGCCAUGAUGGACCUACAAUUAGUAAAAUUUUCGAGCGUUUAAGGAACUUUAAUGGCUCACGAAGCUAUCCAAAUAAUAUACUCGACGGAAAAUACGAAAUAAUGAGUGUACGUGACUUAACUACGGGUUUUGAUAAUACUCAGCCCGAUAUGAGGGCCAUCUUACCAGUAUCAAAAAGUAGUCAGAUGAUUACUUUUGAAUUUAACAACGGUCUAGUUAUUACCAUAAGGACUAGUGGAACGGAACCAAAAAUUAAAUAUUAUUCAGAAUUGUGUUCAAUGGCUGGAGAAUCAGACAAGGAGGAAUCAAUUGAGCUUUUGAAUGAAAUGGUAACUGCCAUAGUUGAAGAGUUCUUACAGCCAGAAGUGAAUGGAUUGAUCCCUAAAGCUGAUUAAGAUUCAGCAGUAUAUAACGAAUGUUUAUAUGCGAUUUUACUAUAUUCCAAUUUAAUAUAUUUACAUGAUGUUUGUUUUUGUAUUCGAUUUAAGAAAUAAACAAUGAAGCAGU